GCUUAACUGUAGAUAGUAACUGUCAAAGUUUGUUUACAAAAGCUUUCCUAAAUCUUUUUAUGUAAUUUGGAUCACAAAUUUAAUCUAUAAUUGGAAAGACCUAAAUAAUGUUGGACGGCUGGUAUUGUCGGACGAUGGCUAAUCAGCAAGCCACAAUGGAGCAGAACGAAAAUGACGUCAAUGACAUUGAGGAGGGCUCCAGCGACGAGGAGAGCGUCAAUCAGCAUCAGGCAGUGGACUUUAAGGCUCAGUAUCAGAUCCUCAAGAAGAAAUUCAAGUUUCUCAUCUAUGAAAAUGAGUUUCUGCAGGAUUCCCUGAGAAUCACACAGAGACGUUAUCUCAAAGCUUCUAGGGAUAAAUCCUUCCUUCUGGACAAACUCUUGCAAUACGAGAAGCCAGAAUUGACAUCUUCAGAAAGUGAAGAGACUGAAACAUCCGAUGACGAAGGCACAAGAUCUGACCAAGUGAAGAGGAAGAAACUUGAUGGAAUUAGCAGCGGAACAAACUCUAUACAGUCAAGAAAUUCCAAUGUUCAGCCAAAGAGGAAGAAAGCAGUGGUCAAAAAGCCCCAAGUUCAUGUGAGAAAAUCAUUAAGUGAAGCAAUAAGAUUGCUUUUUACGGUGAAGGUAUUUUUCCAGAUUACCGGAUCGGCUCCUAAUCUCCCUUCGGAUGGACAUAUGACUGCUGAAGAGAUAGAACGGCAUCUGCAAUCGAGGCAUUCACUGAUGGAAUUGCUUCCGGAAAGGGCUCCGCCGACAGUUCCCCAUGAAAUGUUUAGCAAUGAACCUUCCCUUGACAGUGAAUCUAAUGAAUGUGGCAUUGAGACAUCUCCCAGCAAUAUUGGCGAUAUCGAUUAAAGUACAAAUUAUGCUAUUUAUUUGGAAUAAAAUCAACUUUUUCAUGUCGGUAGGAAAUGUC